AUGAUAUCUGCUUGUAUUGCACUCGGUAAUCGACUUCAUCUCUUCGAAGCCCUCGCAAAGGUAGGGAGCGAGGAAAAGCCAGCUAGUGCUUUGGAUGUAGCGGACGAAAGCGGAUGUAAAGAGAGAUAUGUCAGAGAAUGGCUUUCGGUAAUGGCUACUGCAGAUAUUAUUUCCGUAACAGAAGACGAAAAGUUCUUUAUCAAAAAUGAACAUCUUGCGGUAAUUUGCACUCUUCAGUAUGUUCUAGUAGCCCUGCGUGAGGCUAGUGUCGAAUUUAGGACUUGA